CUCUUCUCAAUCCAUAUCUUGAAAUGUCCACUUCCUCAGCAUUCUGACAGCUCAUGCUCUGCGCAGCGAAGUCGAACGAUCAACCAGCAGUACUUCGUGGCCAGUUAAUGCAAAUAUUUGACUGAUCAAGGACUACUAAGGUCAAGGCGCGUCGCUCGAAAUGCUAGCCUUAAUGUCACGCCCUGGCUUUCGUUGCCGACUUUCGUCGAAGAUAACCGUGGGGCUUCCCCGAGGACAUUCUGCAUCUUGAGUGCCUCUCGCUUGUCAAUUGGCGUUGGACGCGAUGGCGCGACGAGGUCCGGCCUCCGCUUUUGAGAGCGAGACUUUCGGCAAGGAUGCAUCUUUCAGGCUUGAACAGCCCGUCGGGUCGAUGACCAUUUCACCCAGUGGUCGAGAUGUGGCCUUAGCUUCCAAAGAGGGAUUGCAUAUUAUAGAUCUGGACUCACCUUAUUCGGUUCCCCGCUAUUUACCUCAUCGGACCCCUUGGGAGGUCGCCGAUGUACAAUGGUCCCCAUUUGCGGCGCGGGACUACUGGGUCAUCAGCACAUCCAACCAGAAGGCACUAGUCUGGAAUCUGCAGCUGCCAUCAUCGCUGAACAGCAUCGAAUUCGUCCUUCAUGGGCACACAAGAGCAAUUACCGACAUCAAUUUCUCGGCGCAUAAUCCUGAUGUCCUUGCUACUUGUGCUGUGGACAGUUUUGUGCACUGCUGGGACUUGAGAGCCCCUCUGCGACCGGUAAACUCUUUCUCGGACUGGUUUGCUGGCUCUACACAGGUCAAAUGGAGUCGCCAAGACGAACACGUUAUCGCCAGCUCUCACGACAAGUUUCUGCAUAUCUGGGAUGUCAGACAUGGCGCUUACCCAGUGCGCACAAUCCAGGCUCACGGUACCAAGAUCUAUGGCGUCGAUUGGAAUCGGCACCAUGCCAACAAGAUUGUUACCUGCUCCCUCGAUAGGACAAUCAAGUUUUGGGACUUGGAUAUCCAGGAAGACAUGCCGGAGCGAAUUAUCGAGACCCCAUUUCCCAUUUGGAGGGCCCGACACACUCCUUUUGGAUUCGGCCUGCUGGCAAUGCCUCAGCGUGGCCACGGUGAUUUGUAUCUCUAUGACCGCCGGGCACUCAAUGGAGUGCUCGAGAGUGGACCUGUGCGCCCAGUCGCGACAUUUCCUGGCCACGACGGACAGGUCAAGGAAUUCCUAUGGCGAGCACGAGGCACAGUAGACAACGGCGUUGACGACAGAGACUUCCAGCUCGUGUCUUGGGGCACCGACAGAGAGCUGAAACUUCAUGCUCUUGACCCCGAGAUCUAUGCGGACAUUGGCUACGAAAAGGGCAAGUCAAGAGUACAGCGGCUGAACUUCACGCGAAAAGGCGCCAUCUACAGAACCUUUCGUGACGAGCCAGACGACGCGGAAUCACCGAUGGAACAGACUCCUCGAAGCGAGAUGUUCUCGCGUCAUAGUCACCUCAUGCAGUUUCGUCCCCGGAAUAGCACAAGCGUAGGUAUGAACAAGGUCCCUGUGUCACAGUUUCGAGGCUGGGUGCAGGGAGGGCGUCAGGCACAAAAAUCAGGCAUGCAUGGACGGGGAAACAAUCGACAGAGUGCGGAUCCCAUUGCGUGGCUGAAGAAUGUGAAGAUAUCUUCCUGGGAUCCGGACACUCUUGCAGAAGAGAUUCGCCAUGUCGGCGAAAAGUUCAAAAAGGUGGAUUUUGAGGUCGUUGACAUCUCACAUCGUAAAGCAGUGAUGUCCCUGCAAGCUCCUUGGGGAGAGGAACAGAGUCAGGUCUUUCUUAGACUGGAGAUGCGCUUUCCCAAGCUGUAUCCUCGCAACGCUAAUGCGGUACUCACUCUGCAAAAGUCUAGAUUUGUGGAUGAAGCCACACAUAGGCAGAUCAGCACCGAACUCCAUACCAUUGCAGAGACGUACGCCUCGAGAAAGCGAGGUUGUCUUGAGGCCGUCCUGCGAUAUCUGCUACGGGAACAGAAUUUGGAGCAGAUUGUUGCAUGGGUCCUGGGAGAGUCGCUGACUGAAUCAAAAAUCUUGGAGGCGAAUACCAUCCCGGCCGAUGAAUCUAGCAGUGAUGAUGACGAUCCAUUGGUUGACGGCGCACGGGAAAGACUGGAUGCUUCAGCGAACAUCAUGGUACCACUUGCGAAAGGCUGUGGGGCCAUCUGGUCUGAGACAGGAAAGCUCGUCUGUUUCUUCCCUACCAGAUCAAAAGAACCGGUUUCCUUGUUGAGCACUCUGGGCGUGAAAGAUCUUGAAGAUUCGGAAUCAAACAGACUGUUUGAGGGCUUUGGGCGUUUGCACACAAGUUCACCUGCUCGCAAAGCGGCCAGUGGAAAUCGAACCGCCAAUGACGACUCUGACUCCGACACUUCGGAUUCGUCCUGGAAAUCAUCCGGCAGCUCAUCGUCCUCUUUCGAGACUGAGCAAAACAUCCGGGGUGUGUCAGCCUACCCUGUUGGCAUUUCUGGAAGACAGCAGCACUCGCGCUCCCCUGAUCCGUCAAAUAAUUCGACAACAGGAGGCAACAAAUUGACCGAAGUGCGUCGCACGACGACCGUGUCAAUCCACGAUUUUGAAGAUUUGAUUCCUUCUAAGCGCGAGCUAGCGCAAGAGUAUAGAAUCUUCGGCGAUGGCAAUGGCAAGGAAGUAUGCAAACACAACGCAAGUGUUGCUCGGAAGGCCUCCUUGGAGGAUUUGGCAUCUGUCUGGACUCUACUGGGCCUGGUUCUAGACGAUACUGUACCCUUGGAAGUCGUCCCUGACUUGAGCUAUACCACGACUAAUGAUAUAAAUGUAAUAGCACGAGCUGUUGCAAGGACUUCACGCAUGUCGAAUGGUGUUUGUUCAUCGGAGAGCAGACCCUACGGAAGAACGCGAUGGGGCAACCAUCCUCUGGGGUCAAUAUACCUUCUACCUGCUAUAUUCGACCAUUACGAGAGGCUUGGAGAUGUCCAGAUGCUCGCUAUGAUGUCUUGUGUUUUCGCAUCCGUUCUCAACCACGGCUCCAUACCAGGAGACCCGGCUACUGGACCAUGGAGCGACGAGCGGGAUGCUGCACUGUCGGUUGCCGACUAUUUCCCCUCCCGAGCUGUGGCUAAAGCCUCCAUCCGAGACGAAGUCGACCCUGACGGGUAUGUCUUGGUGGAUUCGGGCAAUGUGCUGCUAAGCCCGAACAUGCAGCUGAAAGCGGGAACAGUGCCACUGCAUCACCAACACAAAUUACGCCAUAGCGUUGUUCGACAUGACAGCGAACUCUCAUCUCGAGCGCAUAGUUUUGUCGACGAUUCUAGUGACAGGGGUCCUUACUCGACCACAAUUUCUCUUUCGGCAUCACCUGAAGGGAACAGGGCUGGCCAUCGAGCAAGCUCCAGCGCGGCAUAUUCUUCAGCUCGGGCGAGCUUGUCAGCUCUGACGCAGUCUUAUUCGCAGUCGCCGCCUAAUCAAAGCUCCACUACUACCAUUGCUGGAGGACUCAAGAAGUAUAGUCCAUCCGGCUCACUGGCCCCUGGCUGGGUAUCUACAGGGAUAUUUGGGGGUCAGAGCGGCAGUAGAUCUUCGCGUAUAUCUCAUCACAGCAGCGAUCGGGCCAGCCAAGAAAGCCAGAAUACGAACUUGCGGUCUUCAUUGUCUUCUGGCCCUUCACGACAGUCUCAAAGGAGCAGUGGUAAACAUUCGGUGGCUACUCGUCGCAGUCUCCACUCGACGGUGGCCAGCGACAUUACCGAACCAGUACAACUGAAAAAGCCAUCAAGGCGCAAAAAGAUCAAGGUCCAUCUGUGGAACCAGAGCCAAUUCGACCUCGACGGAUAUCCACAUACACCAUUGCUGGACCCCUCCCUAAGCAGAAAAUGUGGCGCAUACCGAGCAUGCUAUGCAAAUCUGCUUGAUGUUUGGCAGAUGUUUGUCCAGCGCGCCGAGAUACUCAAGUUCGAUACCUCAUUGGAGUCAGUGUCUGCACAGCAAGGGGGAUCAAAUUACGACCAGCAAUCUGGCAAUGGCCACUUAGGAAGAAAGAGCAUGACCUCUGCAUCUCGGGCAACGAGUCCAGGACUUCAGAUCCGUCGGUGCUGCCGCAAUUGCGGAGAGCCUCUAGGUGCAAUCGAGAAGAAUGGAAUCCCCAUUGGUUGGCAGUGCGUGAAUCAACAAUGUAAAGCAUCGGCUUCCGGCUCAGCAGCAACGCUCAAAACCCCCUGCAGAAGUGCAUGCUCGAUCUGUGUAGCUUCGAUCAAGGGCCUUGCGGUACCUUGCUUGCAGUGCGGUCAUAUGACCUGCUAUGAUUGUGCUCAGGGUUGGUUCGGCUCAGAGCGGACAAACGGCGCAAGGUCUAGAAGAUCAUCUGAAGAGGAAGAAAGCGGAAAUGCAGUAGACCUUGAAGGCAUGAGUGAUCACAGUGACGACCACACUACUUGCCCGACAGGGUGCGGGUGCACUUGUGCCAUAUUGAUAACCAUCGACGUUCCGUAUCCGCCUGUACUGGAUGGAUCCGAAUCACAGACUCUCGCCCCGCCACCGAUGAGUCGUCAGCACAGCCACAACAACACGGGACUUCAACGAUCUCCCACCGUUCUCACUAAUACUGACUAUGGUACUGACAGCGCUCUUGCUGCCUUCCUUGCGCUUACGCAGCAUCAUCAGAGAUCCAAGUCUGUAACUGCAGCCCGUGGUAAAGCCGCAUCCGUAUCAGCUCAGCAGCAUCAUGAGACGACUGCCACACACAGCCAGCCCGGGCCGGAUGCGAAUGGUACUGAGGCCCUCGAUGAUGGCAGCGACUUCGAUCAAGGGCUCAACGAAGAUGAUAAGCGUCUAAAUCCUUGGGCAGGAAGCAAGAUUGCGACACUGGGCAGAGGUAUAGGAGCGGGUCUCAGCCGUGGCCUGACCUCCAAAGCUAGUGAUGCGACAAUCAGGAAGAUCAAGAAAACUUGAGAGUCACGGAAAGCUGGAAUUUAUUAUUGCUG